AUGUCCAGCCGCCGCACCCGGAGGACCAACGCAGGCCAGCGGAGUGGCGCGUCCAAGCGACAGCAAGCGCUCGAGCGCAUGGCUGCGCUCAAGGCUGGUACCUCUUCCAUUGCAGGUGCAUAUGAGUUGGAGGAGGAGGAGGAUGUGUAUGAGCAGGUCGACGAGGCCACGUACAACGCUAUUGUGGCUGCUCGCCAGGCCGACGACGAGUUUAUCGAGGACGACCUGGGUGAUGGUGGCUAUCGUGAGUCGGGCCUUGAGGUCUUUGACGUCAUGGAAGAGGAGGUCCAGGGUGAAGCUCCUCUUCGUCGUGCUCGCAAGGACGCGGCGCCCAAGUCUGGCUUGGAGCGUGCCAUGGAGACCUCGGCUCGUCGCCGCGAGGCUGCGCCCAAGCGCCGCAUUGCAAAGGCCUUUCUCACCGCCCAAAAGUCGGCCGCCGCCCGUGCCGGCACACGCAAGACGACUGUCACCACCACGGCUGAGGAUGAUGACGAGUUUGAGGCCAUGCUCAACUCACUCGGCGGGACCGGCGCCGGCGCGGCUGCCACCGGCCGCCUCGGUGCUGCUGCGUCGGCUGCCCCGAUGGUCGACCCGCUCCUGGCCUCGCGCGUCGACACGGCCGCCGCCCUCGGUAGCGUGAGCAAGCUUGGCUCGACCCGCUUUGCCGCCGACCCGCUCACGGCCUCGCGCCUCACCGCGGCGUCGGGCUACGGCUACGGCGAUGUCGACUACGACGCCGUCCUUCCGCCCGUCUCCAAGUCGCGCCCGCCGGUUGUCGACGACGACGGAGGCUUUGCAGACGACGACGGCACCGCAGACAUGGAGCUCGAGGCGCCGUCGACGCCGCCGCGGGCGUCUCAGGACGAACCGCUCACCGAGGCCGCCGCCAACACGCCGGAGCGCUCGCCAAAGAAGCGGCGGACGGCGACGGCGACCGACACCGCCAACGCUGUCUCGCCCGAGCCGAUCGACGCCGGCGAGGUGCUUCCGGUGGCGCCGGAGCGCUCGUCCAACGUCGCGGUCCGCUCGUCAAAGCCCAAGCUCAAGAAGCGCCGCAAGCGGGCACCCGAGCCCAACGCUGCCGCCCUUGGCUCUGAGGACCCGCUCGCUGGCAACGCCGCCGGUCCGCAGUACGUCGGCCAGUCGCUCGCCGGCUCGGGCGGCAACGACUGGUGGUCGGUAUGCUCGCGCGACGACGAGAGAGCGCCGGCGACGGGCCAGGAGCCGGUGCCCGGCGCGGCGGCGCCGAUGGCCAUCGGCGCGUCGGCCAACGCCGUCCCGCGGCGGCCCGACGGUACCGUCCUCUUCUACUACCUCGACGCGUUUGAGGAGAAGUACAAGCGGCCCGGGACCGUGUACCUUGUAGGCAAGGUUGCCGCGCCCGGCUCGAACAAGUACGCCUCGGUCUGCGUCACGGUGCCGGGCAUUCAGCGCCGGCUCUACGUCCUGCCGCGGGCCAAGAAGCUCUCGCCGGCCGGCAUCCCUACCGACGAGGACGUCACCAUUGCUGACGUUUACUCGGAGAUCCAUGCCAUGCUCAAGGCCCGCGGCGUCAGCUCGUUUGCCUCCAAGCCGUCCGAGAUGAAGUACGCCUUUGAGGAGCCCGACAUCCCAGCCGAGGCCACCUACCUCGAGGUCAUGUACUCGGCAGCACUCGCCAACCUCGACGACGUGGCCAUGACCGGCGGCGCCACCUUUUCGCGCAUCUUUGGCACAUCGACGUCGGCCAUGGAGGCCUUUAUCAUGCGCAAGCGGCUGAUGGGUCCAUCGUGGCUCCUUCUCUCUGCCGACGCCGUCGACUCUGGCGCGCGCGUCUCGUGGUGCAAGCACGAGGUCACCGUUGCCGGCCCGUCGCUCGUCUCGAUCCCGGGCAACGACAUUGCCCUCCCGCCAGCGCUCCCGCCGCUCAAGGUCAUGUCUAUCUCGCUCAAGACGAUCCUCAACCCCAACGCACACGCCAACGAGAUCCUCAUGGCCUCGUGCAUUGUCCACCAAGGCGUCAACAUGGAGUCGGCCACGCCCAACCCUGAGGCCGGCAUGAACCACUUUUCGGCCGUCCGCCCGCUCUCCGGAAACGCCAUCAUGACCCCGGCCUCGGGCGUUGCCCGCUUCACCGACUUUGUUCGCGCCAAGGCGCCGCAGGUCGAGGUCUGCUCCUCCGAGCGGGCGCUCCUCAACUACCUGCUCGCCAAGAUUCACGUCAUCGACCCGGACGUGCUCGUCGGCCACAACAUUGUCGGCUUUGACAUCGACGUCCUCCUCCACCGUUUCAAGGCGUGCAACAUCUCGGCGUGGUCCAAGAUCGGCCGCUUCCGCCGCAAGCACAUGCCCAAGCUCCAGGCCGGUCCCGGCGGUGCCGGCAACUCGUCGUCGUCGGAGCGCGCCGCCGCCGCCGGCCGCCUCCUCUGCGACACUUGGCUCGGCUCCAAGGACCUUGUCCGCGAGGCCAACUACACGCUCGCCCAUCUCUCCAACAAGAUGCUCGGCAUCACGCGGACACCGAUCGACAUGUCGACGCUCCCCAGCUACUACGCCACCAACGAGACACUGCUUGACCUCAUCCGCCACACCGAGAACGACGCCUACCUCGCAGUCAAGCUCAUGUUCCACCUCAUGAUGAUCCCGCUCACCAAGCAGCUCACCGCGCUUGCCGGAAACCUCUGGUCGCAGACGCUCAACGGCGGCCGCUCGCUUCGCAACGAGUACCUCCUCUGCCACGAGUUCCACAACCUCGGCUACGUCCUGCCGGACAAGUUCUGGGCCACCGCCGGCUCGGGUGCCCGCGGCAGCGGCUCGGGCGGCGCCUCGCGCAAGAAGGGCCCGCGCCGCAAGAAGGCAGCCUACGCUGGAGGUCUCGUCCUCGAGCCCAAGCGCGGCUUCUACGAUAAGUUCAUCCUCCUCCUUGACUUCAACUCGCUCUACCCGUCGAUCAUCCAAGAGUACAACCUUUGCUUCACUACCGUUGAGCGCGUCAAGCUCACCGCCGUCGACGCCGCCAUUGCCGAGAACCUCAUUGCCGGCGCCGGCGACGGGACCGAGGCGGACGACAUGGCGCUGGCCGAGUCGCUCGAGGCCUCGUCCGCCGACGGCCUCGGUGCGUCGGGCGCUCGCGUGCCCGACUCGUCGGUCUCGGAGGGCGUACUGCCGCGGCUGAUCAAGACCCUUGUCGAGCGGCGCUCGCAGGUCAAGGCGCUCCUCAAGUCGGCGACGGACCCGCUGCUGCGGACCCAGUACGACAUCCGGCAGAAGGCACUCAAGCUCACUGCCAACUCGAUGUACGGCUGCCUUGGCUUUACCUUUUCGCGAUUCUACUGCAAGCCCGUGGCGUCGCUCAUCACGUCACUUGGACGUGAGAUUCUGCAGAACACCGUCGACAUUGCCGAGUCGCAGCUCAACCUCGAGGUGGUGUACGGUGACACCGACUCGAUCAUGGUCAACACCGGGUCGACCAACCUCGACGACGUCCGGGCCAUCGGCAAGCAGGUCAUGCACGAGGUCAACAAGCGGUACAAGCUCCUCGAGCUCGACAUCGACGGCAUCUUCCAGUCGCUGCUCCUGCUCAAGAAGAAGAAGUACGCCGCGCUCAUGCUCGUCGAGCGCGAUGGCGUGCUCACCACUGUCAAGGAGUCUAAGGGCCUCGACCUCGUCCGUCGCGACUGGUGCGAACUCUCCAAGGACGCCGGUAACUUUGUCCUCGACCGCAUCCUUUCGGGCUCGGCACGCGAUGAGCUUGUCGAUACCAUCCACGAGUUCCUUCGCAAUCUCUCGGAAGAGGUCCGUGCCGGCCAGAUCCCGCUCGGCAAGUUCAUCAUCACCAAGGGCCUCACCAAGGAUCCGAUGGACUACGCAGACUCCAAGUCACAGCCGCAUGUCCAGGUUGCUCUCCGCAUGCGCCAGCAGAACAAGCCCGCUCGCCGCGGCGACUACAUUCAGUACGUCAUCGUCAAGGGCGCGUCCAAGUCUGUGGCCGAGCGCGCGUUUUCACCCGACGAGGUCCUUCGCGCUAACGGCGAGCUCGAGCUCGAUGUUGAGUGGUACCUCGCCCAGCAGGUCCACCCGCCAGUCUCGCGCCUGUGCGAGCCCAUCGAGGGCACAGACCCGGGUCAGAUUGCCGACUGUCUCGGCCUCGACUCGUCGCGCUUCAACCGCGUCUUCUACUCGGAGGGUGCCGACGAUCUGUUCCAGGCCGCUGCCGCCGCCUCGGACGCCGUCAAGUACAAGGACUGCCAGCGCCUCCUCGUCCCCUGCCGGACGUGCAAGGCCUCGCACCCGUUCACCGGCCCCUUUGCCGUCAACGAUGGCAUCAUCACCUCGGGCCUCCGCUGCCCGGGCACUCUGCCUGCCGACGACGCGUCUGCCGGCGCUACGCGCCCGUGCACAGGCGUCUUUGACCGCGCAGCCAUCGACAACGCCAUCACCCGCCAGCUCCGCACCCUGCUCAAGAGCUACUACGCCGCAUGGUACGUCUGCGAUGACGAGUCGUGCUCCAACCGCACUCGCCAGGUCUCGCUCCGCGGCCACGGCCUGCAGUGCCUUGUCCCCAUCUGCACAGGCACUAUGCAUCCCGAGGUUCCCUCCAAGACUGUCUACCUUCAGCUCCUCUACCUGCAGUCGCUCUUUGACGUCGACCAUGCUCUCGACCAGUUUGGCGACGACGACGAGGACAAGGCUCUUGCCCGCCGCGUCCUCUCCCCCGAGGAGACCGAUCUCCUCGCCAGCGUCCUCACCAAGGUCCAGGGCGAGCUUGGCAAGUGCGCCUACUACUUUGUUGACGGCAAGGCCAUCUUUAGCAUCUGUGCAUAGAUUUUGUGCCCGACACCAGAUAAAGUGAUCCACUCUCGCAUA